AUACAUAUUGAGAAAAAUUGUCAGCUGAAAAACAAAACAGCAAGCAAUUUAGUUUGAAUAUAUCGUAUUUUUUAUUCUUGGUUUUGAUUUAUAUUCUGUAAUUAUUAUUCAUUAAUUGUAUUGACAAUUGAGCUUAACAUGCCAGAGUUUAAUAAACGUGGUCGUACUGAAUUAGGUUCUAUUACUGUACAUAAUAUAAAGCUACUUCGACGGAUUAAUCAAGUUGUUUUCCCUGUUAUUUACAACGACAAGUUUUACAAAGAUGUCCUCGUCGCUGGUGAAUUGGCCAAAAUCGCUUUUUAUAAUGACAUCGUGGUUGGUGGUGUUUGCUGCCGCAUUGACACAUCUAAUAAUCAACGAAGACUUUAUAUUAUGACUUUAGGAUGUUUGGCUCCAUAUCGAAGACUUGGCAUAGGUACACUGAUGUUGAAACAUGUUCUCAAUUAUGCUCAAGAAAACAAUCUCGAUGGUCUGUUUCUCCAUGUCCAAGUUAACAAUGACACAGCUCUAACUUUUUACAAAAAAUUCGGAUUCGAAAUAAUCGACACAAAAGAAAAUUACUAUAAAAGGAUUGAACCCUCUGCUGCUUAUGUGUUACAAAAAGAUUUCAAAUGAUCGACUGAUUGAUUUGUAAUUAAAAAUUGGAAAAGCUUCA